AUGCGCGCUCUUGAGGAGCGCACUAGCUGGCUGGACUGGCACAUCUCAUCUGAUGGUCGAUGCACGUUUGGCUGUCGCCUGUGUGCUGAGACAGCUGGCUUCCAGUUCACAACGCGUGACCAGUGCAAGCAAUCAAAGCUGGAACGCCAUGCAGACAAUGAGCAGCACAAGAAGAACGUUUGCCGUGCCUUGGGCUUCGAGCCACCGGCAGACUCGGAGGAGAAGCCCGUGGUGGCGCCAAGCAAGGCCACCUUCCAGGAAGUUUUCCAGAGGCUUCAGAAAAACACCUGCGACCGUUUCAUGGAUGGCGUUGCUGCAGAGGACAAGAUAAACAAGAUUCAGUUUACGAUCGUGGAGACAGCCCGAGCUUCGUGGAGGCGUGCUCUCGCUGAAGCCGUGUCGAUUUCCCUUCUUCGAGACGAGCGGCACAAACGAGUUCUGCUUUGCUUCCGAUCCGCUGAUGCCAGCGGCAACAUAACAGAAGGCGUGGUGGGCCAGCUCAAGAUGUCUUUCUCAAGCACAGCGCUUGGGCUUGCAGAGGCUACUCAUCGUCUUUUGCGUGAGUUCUGCACACCUGGCACAGGUGUGCCUCGGAGACAUCGGGGCGGGGAGAUGGUCUGCGACGAGACAUUGCUACAGCAUGUGAGGGCACAUGUGCACAGUACGUGCGUCGACGCGGCCAGCAACGAAGUGUGCGCUACCUUCGACACAGCCGCAGCGUGGGCACUUCCUCUGGAAGGGCUUCCUCCAGGCGAGGCUCUGUUCCCCAACCACCAACUGGUGGUGCGCGACCGGGCGCACGGCUCGCGCAGAAUUCUAUCUCGUCCCUGGACGGCGGACCGAUACCUGAAUUCUCUUUUUCAGUCCCUGGUAUCUGGACCCUCAAGCCUGGUGCAGCUAAUUCGCCACAGCAUGGAUUUCAGCCAGUGGUACCGCGAAGCGACUGCCCAGUCGCUCAGCAAAGGUGUGUCCACUUCCUUCCAAAACCUUCGAGCGGCUCUACAUCGCUUCGAGUCUUUAGUGACGCCCUUGUCAAGAUUCGUCCUUGACAUCGAGUCCAUCCUGGCGGUUGCAAACCGCAUCAUGGAGGAAAGAGCCGGCACACAUGCAGCGGCAGUGGCAGCAGACUUCCUAGAAGCUCUGGAUGUGGAGCUCCUCGUUUCGUCCGCCAUGUUGUCGGACGCCGGUGACGAGGCACUUCAACUGGUGAGGUUUUUUGACAGCGACUCGACAGACGCUGCACAGGCGAACGGCAUCAUGAAGGCAGGCGGCACGUGUGUCUUGUGUUCGCCGGAAGAAUUCUAG